UAUUUUUGAAAGGGAGGUUCGGAAGGCUUUGAAUUAGGUUCGGACGACGUAACGGUAAUUUCAGUUGAAGAAGCCGUUAGGUUACGAACGAAACUAUUCUUCUUUUUCGCUUUGUUUUCCUUCCAACACACUCAUUCUCUCCAAUCUUGGUUUCUUCACUUUUCUACCCUCCAUUCAUAUGAAUAUCCAAACUUACAAUUAAUCAACAAUAACAGUUGGUGUAGUAGUAUUAUGAGCAUGCAAAGAGAGAAAAUGGCAAAGAAAUCCAUCGGAAGCUUAAUGCGAAAGAAGCUUUCUGAUAUCACCAACAACACUAAUCCUAAUUACUCUCAACAACUUGACACUACUCUUUCCUCCGAUAACAAUUCCAUUCAACAACUCCUCAAGGAAAGAACGGCAUUGAUUCAACUCCUCACAGAAAGAAAUAAGAUAAUUGAAGCGACUGGCUCGGAGCUGCAGAGGCUGAGAGCUGAUGUGAAGAAGCUGCAAAUCCAAAACUGGAACCUUGCUCAGUCCAAUACCCACAUGUUAGCGGAGCUUAACAUGGGGAGGGAAAGGAUUAAAACGCUGCAGCAUGAAAUUUUGUGGAGGGCUGCUUUGAUUAAAGGAAAGACAGUGGACGUGCAGGAAAAAGUGGAGAUUGAGGGCGAAAAGAAUCCUACUGCAUUAUCACAGUUACAGGAAGGAGAUAAAAAAGCAGGAGUGCCAUCCCCUAAAGCCAGCAAUGAUGAACAACACAAAUGUAUGAAUAGAAGACGCAUAAGGAGUAAAUCUACUGGUUCUUCUACUGCUUCCAAGAAUACAAACAAAGACAAGGUUAAAGACAAUAGGAGACGUUUGAGGAGACAUUCUACUACGUUCAAAACCCAUGAACAUGAACCUCUAGAGAAUUUGUUCGAGUUAGAGGAUGCUACAUAUCUUGUCACUCAAUCUCCAACUUCAAAAACUGAAAGAGGAAAAAGCUCUGCUUCAAGGAAUGAAGCUACAAGGUGUUCUUUCGGAAGACCCUUGCGAAGAGCAGUUCAGAAGGUUCAUUCUUACAAGGAGAUUCCCGUAAAUGUCAAGAUGCGAAGACUAGACUAAGCUAAAUUAACUGCUAAAAUUAUAUUUAAUGUUCUGUCUUUAAUCAUUUAACAUAUGUAUCCUAUGAUGGUGUUGAUUAGUAUGUUGUGUUGUAUCCAACAUGUUCCUAGCUCGUUGGCUUUCAUCGAGUUCUUUCACUUUAAUCACUAUUUUUUAUUAGUUGAUAAUAACAGUCACUUGGGACGAAUCUUAGGUGAUAA